AAGUGACCAUAUGUAUGAAAAAUCAAAUUAGUUAUUUGCUGAUCUGAAGCAAAUUUUUGAACAAUGGCAGCCACUCGGCUGUUACUCUGCUUUAUCGUCUUCUCGUCUGGCAUCGAUUUCAUUUACACUGUUACAGAUCCCAGAGAUGUAACGAUACUUCGAUCACUGAAAGAUCAGUGGGAAAAUACGCCGCCUAGUUGGCAGAAAUCGGAUGAUCCUUGUGGAACAUCUUGGGAAGGUGUAACCUGCAACAACUCAAGGGUAACUGCAUUGGGAUUAUCAACAAUGGGACUGAGAGGAAAAUUAAGUGGUGACAUUGGAGGGCUCACUGAAUUAAUUUCCUUAGACCUGUCGUUCAACCGAGGACUUACAGGUUCUCUUUCUCCGCGGAUAGGAGAUCUGCAGAAACUAAACAUAUUAAUCCUCGCGGGCUGUAGCUUCAGUGGCAGUAUACCGAUGGAGUUGGGAAGACUUGCUGAGUUAUCAUUCUUAGCACUUAACUCGAAUAAUUUCACUGGUGAGAUUCCACGAACUCUUGGCAAUCUGUCGAAACUCUACUGGCUUGAUCUAGCAGAUAACCAGUUAACAGGACCAAUUCCUGUUUCAACUUCCUCAAGUCCGGGGUUAGACCUUCUAAAAAAAGCAAAACACUUCCAUUUUAACAAAAACCAACUUUCAGGCUCCAUUCCGGACAUUCUUUUUAGUGCUGACAUGGUUCUAAUACAUGUACUGUUUGAUGGAAAUCAACUAAGCGGGAGCAUUCCACUUACACUAGGACUUGUUCAGACACUUGAGGUUCUUCGGCUCGAUAGAAAUGCCUUAAAUGGUAGUGUCCCAUCAAACCUCAAAAAUCUCACAAGCGUUGUAGAGUUGAACUUAGCUCACAACGAACUGUCCGGUCCACUACCAGAUUUAACUGGAAUGAAUUCCCUUAAUUAUCUGGACUUGAGCAAUAAUUCCUUCCAUAAAUCGGAGGCACCUAUAUGGUUCUCGACUUUAGAGUCUCUCACCACUCUAGUCAUUGAGUAUGGCUCACUUCAUGGAUCAGUGCCUCAGAAACUUUUCGCUUUACCUCAAUUACAACAAGUGAAACUGAGGAACAACGCAUUGAAUGAUACGUUGAACAUGGGUGGCAUCAGUGGCAGGCAACUCACUCUUGUUGAUUUACAGAACAACGAUAUUUCAUCAAUCACGCUUGGCUCUGGAUACAAAAAUACCUUGAUACUGAUCGGAAACCCUGUAUGUGACACGGCCCUUGGAAACACGAACUACUGCCAGCUUCAGCAGCAAUCUGCAAAGCCUUACUCAACCAGCCUAGCUAACUGUGGGAGCAAAUCAUGUCCUGCUGAUCAAAAAGUUAGCCCACAAAGUUGUGAUUGUGCUUAUCCGUACCAGGGAACAUUCUACUUUAGAGGACCCUCUUUUAGGGAGUUGUCCAAUGAUAAUACGUUCCAUUCACUCGAAAUGAGCCUGUGGGUGAAGUUGGAUCUCACGCCCGGUUCAGUUUCUCUGCAGAACCCCUUCUUCAACAUUGAUGAUUAUCUUCAGGUGCAGUUAGAAUUAUUUCCACCAACAGGAAAGUAUUUUAAUAGAUCAGAGGUUGAGAGGAUUGGAUUCUCCUUGAGUAACCAAACUUAUAAGCCGCCUCACGAGUUUGGACCGUACUAUUUUAUAGCAUCUCCUUACACUUUCCAAGCCGAACGUGGAGAAACUUCUAUUAGCUCAAGACAAGUUAUAGGAAUAGCUACCGGGUGUACCAUCCUGGUCCUCUUGCUCGUUGCUCUUGCAAUAUAUGCUAUUCAACAAAAGAAACUUGCUGAAAGAGCUAUUGGAUUGAGUAGACCAUUUGCAUCGUGGGCUCCAAGUGGAAACGACAGUGAAGGUGCACCACAACUAAAGGGCGCCAGAUGGUUUUCUUAUGAUGAACUUAAGAAAUGCACGGGAAACUUCUCGGAGAGAAAUGAGAUUGGUUCCGGUGGCUAUGGGAAGGUCUACAGAGGAACGCUCGCGAAUGGGCAAGUAAUUGCUAUCAAAAGGGCUCAACAUGGAUCCAUGCAAGGUGGACAAGAGUUCAAGACGGAAAUUGAAUUGCUUUCACGGGUUCAUCACAAGAACCUAGUUGGUCUGGUUGGAUUCUGUUUUGAGCAAGGGGAACAAGUACUGGUAUACGAGUAUAUGCCAAAUGGUUCACUCAGGGAGAAUUUGUCAGGGAAAACGAGCAUUUAUCUAGAUUGGAAGAGGAGACUUCGUGUUGCGCUUGGUUCAGCCAGAGGAUUAGCUUAUCUGCAUGAGCUUGCCAAUCCUCCUAUAAUUCACAGAGAUGUGAAAUCAACUAACAUUUUGUUGGAUCAGAACUUAACAGCAAAGGUCGGGGAUUUCGGCUUGUCCAAACUCGUAUCAGAUAGCUCAAAGGGUCAUGUUUCCACUCAAGUUAAAGGCACAUUGGGUUAUCUAGAUCCUGAAUACUAUAUGACUCAACAACUAACCGAGAAGAGCGAUGUGUAUAGCUUUGGUGUUGUAAUGCUAGAACUCAUAACUGCAAAACAACCAAUAGAGAAGGGGAAAUACGUUGUUCGAGAGAUGAGAACAGCAAUUAAUAAGAACGACGAGGAGCAUUAUGGCUUGAGCAAUAUGAUCGAUCCAGUCAUUAGAAACAUGCCAAAUCUAAUUGGUUUUACAAGGUUUGUGGACGUGGCAAUGCAAUGUGUUGAAGAGGCUGCUGCUGAUCGUCCAACGAUGAGUGAAGUGGUAAAAAUGCUUGAAAGUAUUCUGCAAAAUGAUGGUCUGGAAACAAAUUCUACGUCUGCAUCAUCAUCGAUAACGGAUUUUGGGACAGCAAUAGCUGCUUCUAGACAUCCUUAUAAUAAAGAGGCUCUACAGAGAAAGGAGAUAAAUGAUACUCAUGCUUUUGAUUACAGUGGUGGAUACACUCUUCCAACAAAUGUGGAACCAAAAUAGUGACAACCAAAAAAAAAGGACUUGUCUCUACUGUCUCUCAUUCUUUAAUUUAUUCUCUAGUAAAAAAAUUGGAAAAUUGGUGAAAGGGAUAAGAGAAUUUAGUUGU